AACCCUCACGCCUGCCGCACAGCCGCACUGAUGCGCUGCGACAAAGCCACCCCCGGACCCUCCCCAGCGAGCAGCGGCCCAGCCACCCGCCUGCCGUCCGCCCCCGCGCUUUUCUUUUUACCGCCGAGGCAGUGAGGCCCCUCCUCCCUCUCGCCGUUCCCACCACUUCAAGAUCCGAUCCAUCGUCCGUCCCAUCCAAUCGCCCCCUCUCCCUCGUGAUCCCGACGCCGACGACGACAACGAAACAGCUCAGUUUCGUGUUUUUCUCCCGUACCCCGCAGCCCCCCACACGGCCACGCCCCACCUCCGAAUCACAAGGGUGGCACCGUGGCAGUACAAGUAGAAACGUCGAGUGAAACUGAAACCGGGGGAGGGGUCGUGGGAAGAAGCAAGGCCAGCAGCUAGCACGCGGGCCGCACCACAAGCGCGCCGGCACCGGCCACCUACCUGGUCGCCCAACCUAUUGCCUAUAGGCUAUAGGAGUAGGCGGGAGGGGGACGAUAUGGAGUAGCAGUAGCCAGUAGGCAGUGUAGCACUGCGGCUUCUACUACCACCGCACCUCCAACCCCCGUCCGAUACCUAUCCACCACAGGUCUCUAUCCAGUCCACUUGCCCUUCUUCUCAUCCGUCACUGCAGCGAGCUCUCGCUUCGUUUCCCCCUUUCCCUCAGGACUGGCAGAUCUGUUGGUGUGAUCCCCAGCUUGGAUCUUGUUGAUUCGGUGAUUUGAGUAGCCGAUUUUCUUCGAGCAAACUGGUAUGGGCGCACAUGGGUUUUAUGCGUUCAUUCGUUUCGAUUUCUUGGUAGUACGGGCUGAUUCGAUUCGUUAGGGGAUUCGGGGUAGAAAGAGUGACUACCGAAGGAGGUUUCUGUUGGGGUUUAGUGCCGCCGCUUGCAAUCUGUCUUCUUAUCUUAUUUCUAGUCCUGUAGCUAGUAAUAUUUGUUGAUGUAAUUUUGGUUAAUCUGCAAAAGAAGGGGAAAAAAGGUUCUGUUUCAACUCAGCUACUGAUAUAAUUUAAGAAGCAUUUUUGGCCUUUGCUCCUGUUUCGAAAUUACAGUGUCACUCACAGUACGAGUCCAUAUUAUACAUAGGAUCGCUGGCCCUUUUUUUUUCAAGCCAGUCAAGAUUCCAGAUAUCGAAACUUCCGUUUUUUCAUCAAGGAAACAACAACAGAUGUUUCGUUGUCUGUAGUACAUAUUGCAUUAGGACUGAAGUACUGAACUAUUGGCGGCUGCCUAGCAGUUGCAUAUUCUUUUCUUGAUUACAGAAGACGGUCUGCAGCAGUGUGUGGAUAUUUUCAUCCAUCAAUCCGUCAUUUAAUGUUUUUGGGUGUCUUUUUAUCAUUACUUGGAGCCCUUUUAUUAAUUUUUCUAUGUCUUGGACGCUUAUUUUGACAUGUCCUCAUUAGAACAUUAUUGUGCUGCCAAAAGCUGUCGGUGGGCAAGCCCCUGGUCACUGCAGACAUGCAGAAACAGCAUAAACCAUACAUUCAGGAUUCUCGGCAGACAAAAUGAUGUUUUUAGGAAGUGUGGUUUUCUCAGUCUCUGUUUGAACCACAACAUACCAAACUGAAUCAAGUGAUAAUUGUGUUCUGACCAUACGCCAAGUUAUACCUGAAACUUCUGCUUCAUAUGUUCACCCAUCAUAAAGAUGCCAACAAAAGUUCAGGUUAGCAGCGAAAGGAAUGUGAAGAUCAUAUCAGGUCGAGAUGGGCAAAAGAAGGGAAAUUCACAGCAUGACCAAAUUGUACGCGUGCCAAAGGACAUGGUCACACCAGUCAAUGGAAAUGUAGAUGGAAAAUUUGAAGAUAAAGUUAGAGUUGUGAAGAAUGAUAAGUUCCGAAGACAACGAGAGUCUUGGGGUGGGGAAAGGGCUGCAUGCAUGAAGGGCUCAAAACCAUGGCCUGGUCGAAAGGCAACUACUGUUGAUGAACUUGUCAAACAUAUGUCAAAUGUUCCUUCAUAUUUACAGCGUAAAGAAACUUCUGAGCAUCUUCAAGACAAGGCGCUGAAUGUUGGAGUUCUUGAGUGGGGUCUUCUUGCUAACUGGUCUCAGCAACAAAAGCAUGAGCUCGCUAGAAGCCAUGGAGCAUCUCCAUCCAAUACUAGCAGGUCUGUACUAUUCUCAUCUCCAUCACAUUCUUCUGCAAGCCCCAGCAGCAGAUCUCUUGAGAGCAAUCAAUCUACCCCAAUUAGUGACUAUCAUCAUUCAUCCAUCCGAGCCCAGCAGAGUAGGCUCGCAGAUAAACACCAUGGGAAGGCCAGAUGUUCGCCUAGCCCAAAUUCUGCGGUACUGAGCUUAUUGCCAGGUCAUGGCACACAUCCCUGUCAAGAGAAUGGUUGUAAUUAUGUUGACUUGGAUCUCAACAAUGUUUCUUUAGCCUCAGACUCUCUAGGUUCUUCCUCUCGAAGUUGCAGUAGACAUGAAAUAGUUGAAGAUGAAGAGACUAGAUGGAAGAUUGAAGAUGUUGUCCAUCAUUGUUCUCGUAGGCUUUUUACAGACAGUGAUAACAUUGGGAAACAUUUCUUCACAUCAAAUAACAAAGAUUCCAUGUGUAAUGAUCCUGAACAGAGCAGUGGCUUGGAUUGUGAAAAUUUUGAGUCACUAAUAUCUGAUGCUGUGAUGGAUACAGCUAGAAAUGGCAGUAGGUCACCUGAUUGUUUCUUGGAGGAUAUUGAGACAUCCCGUGAAUUUCCUCGAAUCCCAUAUUCAUGUCCACUUCCCAUCAUAGAUUCAGCAGCUAAAGAGAUUGGCACCACUAGUACUGAGGCUGGAGAUAAUUUUAUUGGUACAGCUGCAAAAGUAAGUAAGAAUUCUAGCCUAAACCAAUCUGCCCUGAAUGCCACUGAGAAUCCUCCCCGAUAUUCUGCAAAGUUUAGUGAUAGGAUGCCUGAUCGCCAUCAAGGUUCUGUGAUGAAUCGAGUGAGCCGCAGCUCUAGCCUCAAGGAGUCACCACAUGCUCGACAACCCAAUGUAGUUCCUCCUGUUGAUAAGACAGGAGAUCGGUCAUCACCCAACAGCAAAGGUAGGCGAAGCCCAUUGAGGAGGAUGUUAGAUCCAAUAUUAAAGCCAAGACAUUCUAGUCCAAUACGACCUUCAUUUGUUCCAAAAUGUCAUCUUCCAGUCAAUACCACCAAGCAAUCUCUGGACUUAGGGGGAUCAGUGCCACAGAAUAUGCAGCGAAGGUCAGUUGAUUUGGUAGUCAAUUCGAAUUAUCGAAUUGAAGCAAAUACAAAUCAGCCACCUCGUGUGCUAUUGAACAGUGCAAGAUACAUCCAGAAAGAAAAGGAUUCAACAACAACAAGACAAGCAUUUCUGCAGCUAGCAUGGAAGAAUGGCUUGCCUUUAUUCAUGCUGUCUUAUGGCGAUUCUGAUAUCCUGGCAGCCACUGUUAGAAGGAAGGGCAUCUCUGAAAAGGAUGAUCUGGAAAGCACAUAUGCUGUAUUCACUGUUGAAGAACCUAAGAAAAAAAGUGGAGCUUGGAUCAAGGCAGGGGGCAAGAACAAGAAACACCACCUUUUGUCUAGCAUAGUUGGGGAAAUAAAGGUUGCACGUCGAAAAUCAAGAUGUCACCAUACAGCAGAUGUUCAUGUAUACAGGGAAUUUGUGUUGCUUGGUUCCGGAUUUCUACCAUCAUCUGAAGAAUCGGGUGAUUCACAUGUUAGUGGAGAGUUUGCGGCUUUUAUUAGUGCACUUCCUCAGCAAGAAGCAGAAACUUCGAAUCAAUCAUCUUCACAGAAUACCAGACAAAAAAAUUUAGCACUAACUGGCUGUGGUUGCCCCCCACUGGGAAACUUCCAGCCUAGUUCUGCUUCAGCCAAUGUUAUUGCAGUACUUCCUGAUGGCUUCCAUGGCAAAUCAACGUCUGGGCAGCCGUUGCCUUUGAUUGAGAGGUGGAAGUCAGGAGGAGCUUGUGACUGUGGCGGAUGGGAUGAAGGUUGCAUGCUGAGUGUCCUCACUGAUGCGGCCGAAGAAAAUGAUGCCGUUCAGGCUAACCAGGCAAAGGAUGGCAGCCAGCGAUUUGAACUUCUAGCUCAGGGUGGAUCACGAGAAGAUAGGCAUGCCUUCAGUAUGACUUCAUUCAAAGAGGGGCUUUAUACAGUGGAAUUCAGAUCAUCCAUUGCAUUACUUCAAGCUUUUGCAAUGUGUAUAGUGAUGCUACAUGGGAGGUACCCUGACAGGCUGCAAGUUGGUUCGCAAGCAGCGCAGGAGCAUGACCUCCUUGCUGGUCAUGAGGUCAAGGCCAUGGUAGCCAGUCAAGGAAGAGCUCCGACCAGCUAUGUGCCCCACCGUCCACCUCUUUCUCCUGUGGGCCGAGCCUAGCUUAUCGCGAUUAAAUGUAUGUUCUUUGUGUGUCUGUGUCCUCUUUCUCCUUCAGUCGCGUAGUGCUGGUGGGAUUGAUAUACCAUGGUCCUCAGGCCCAUAUGCAAUACGCAUAUUGAAAGUGACAAUCUCAGAACAAUCAAUCGGCUUUAGAGGUAGCUACCUGUACAUGUUGUGAUGUUGAUGUUGUAUGACUGUACUAUGAUGCGGCUGCAAGGCCCAUCUCGGUGAUUACUCACCCGUUAUAUGUUCUCUUAUCAGUUGCUUCUGUAUAUGUUGAAAUAUGUGAUUACUGAUUAGUCACCCGUUA